AUGGUGUGCAUUGCAGUUUACAAGAACACACGACUACGCAGAACCACAAGCCUGUAUAUCAUAGCUCUUGCUGUAAGUGAUUUGAUGUCCGCUGUAUUUGUCAUGCCUUUUGCAUUGGGUGUGGUUAUAACAGGCGAAUGGGUUUAUGGCCCAGUGAUGUGCUUCUUUCAUUCCUUUUUUGGUGGAAUUGUGGUGUACGUUUCAACCGUCACUAUGGGUUUAACAGCGUUUGACAGGUAUAUGAGGAUUUGUAAGUCUGAGCAGCAAUACAAGAAAAUUUUUUCACCGUGGAAGUCACGAGCCUGGAUGGCAUGUGCAUGGUUCUUCAUUGCUUGCUACAGUGCAGUUCCUAAGUUAGCUGGUCUCCUAGAUUAUGCGUUCGUUCCAGGAUAUGCCCUUUGCGCUCCGGCUCCUCUCAAUCAAACUGGAAAAGUUGUCCACUUAGCCAUUAUCCUCUGCUUUUUCCUUUUAACUCCGUUAUUGACUACAAUAUUCAGCUACAUAAAGGUUGCAAAGAUGAUCCGACAGCACAAUGCUGCUAUGUCAUCUACGAUUCACAGCGGCGCAACAGGCUCAAGCAUCACCGUGCAAGAACUGAAGCUGAGUAAGUCUCUCUUUGUGGUUGUGUUCGCGUUCAUGAUAUGCUGGAUCCCAUUUUGGGUCAUCAUUGUUGUAAAGCGCUUCCAUGUCGUUGAGAAGAUGCCACGAAAUAUUGAACUCCUUUCUAGUUUCUUUAUUUAUCUGUCAAAUACAAUAAAUCCUUUUAUAUACGUAGGGAUGAAUCCUAUCUUUAAAAGUGAAUUCAAAAAAAUGUUUUGCUGUGAGCGAAGGUUCUUCAACCGGAUAAACCCACAGCAUUAUAUUAUGAAUCAAGUACCGCAGCAACAAAGAGAUCGACACGCACAGCAGCGCUUCAGUUAG